AUGCCCCUCAUCCCUGACGAGUCCGGUCCUGUGUCGCACCAUGUCUUCGCAUCCCCACCAGAGCGUUUGGUGACGAGGAGCACGCCUUCGUCCACCGUCCAUAGUCGGGAAACCUCCGCCGUCAGAGGAAGACCAGCCGAUCCCUCCGCGCUAGCCCCCUCGUCCCUACAGCCUCAGAAUAAACGUCGCGGUCAUUCGCAUUCAAAAAGCCCCGAAACGUCGAGCGGCCGUCCCGGUGCUGCCGCAUACGAUGUCCCCUUGGAACGGCGACCCUCCAAUUCGUACGGUCAUCACCGCCAAACCUCGAUAGUUCAUGGAAUCCAACACUCCCGCAAUCCCAGUUUCGCCGCUUCCUCCACCUCCACAAGUCCUCUCAGUCCCGAAAUAAUUGCGUCCCUCGGCCGUGGCGGUGGUAUAGAGCCGGAUAGCGCCGCGGCAGCUGCGCGGCACGAUCAGACAGAUAUGCACCCGAGUUAUUCAAGUCCCGGUGGCAACGCCUCGAGCCAUUCCUUGACGGGCACGCUGAGCACCAUCGAGGACCGGGACACGGAUGAGGUCGGCAGCCAGAGCCCUGCGAAUACAGUCCACCGAAGAAUGAACUCGAAUGGCAAGCCAUGGAGGGAACGCUCUCAUAGUCGAUCGCAUUCGAAACACCACUUCGAGUCGAAAACCGUGGGGGAAUAUGCCUUGCAUCAUUUGUUCAAUUCUUUUGUCGGACAAGCGGAUAAUAAGAUAAAUCAGGCUAUCAUGAAGCUGGGAGAGUCGGACGCACCGGUUGAGCAAGUCUGUGGGCCGGGAGCCGAUACAAACUUUGAUCAACUGAUUUCUGCCCUGGGACAUAUCGCGCGCCAGAAGCCCAAGCCACUGAUUGAUACCAUCAUGUUCUGGCGAAAGGCCAAAGGAGAUACUGCGAUCUUGGCCAAACAGGUGGCGAAUCAAUCAAAGAAUAAUACUUCGGAGAAUGGGUUACUGAUUCGCCGCAACACUGAACCACCGCAUGUAAUAGUGGAAUCUCAGACCGAUCCCGCAGCUUCCAAUAACAGCCUUCUCUCGCGACCCGAUGAUGUCGUUUUGGCGGAACGGCGCGCAACCGUAUCGGUCUACCUUGUUUGCAGAGUGUUGAUUGAGAUUUUCAACCAGAGCAGCCUUGCCCUUAUCACACUUGAGAUGGCCGACCGCCUGGAGGAUAUUGUGUUUAGCCAACUCAAGACCGUUGACCGCGACCAGAUUACAGCGUCUCCGCUUCGCAUGGCCAAUUGGAGAAUCUACUCCCAGUUACUUGGUAUCAUGAGUGAGACGAACUUCACGAGUGUUACGGCUCGUUUUAUUGCUGAGCUUGACAAAUACCAAAAGGACGAAACACUUCGAGGCCCGUCCAAGGAGGGUGACGCGAAAGCUGAGCUUUUGGUCUCGGGCAUGAGGCACCUCCGCAUCAGAACGCAGCCGGAUUCUUGGCCAAAGUCGUGCGAUUUCAUGCGAUCGUUAGCGCGCUUAUUCGUCAACGCCCAUGGACAGCGAUUAAAACAGGCAUAUUGUUACAUCUUCGAGAAGCUUCUCCUUACUGUAGCCGCAAACCCAAGCUGCGAUCUAUCUUUGCCAAGAUGGAAGGAAUUCCUGGAAUUGGUCCAGUCCCGAUUGACUCAAAUGCUCACUAAGCCUCGACACUGGGCAGCGGCGUUCCCUCUGCACGUUCUACUUCUCUGUGUCUCGUCGAAGGAAACUUUUUCGUCACAAUGGCUAUCGGUCAUCAUGAGCCUACCGCCGCGAUUGAAAGAUCGUCCAACUAGAGGCCCUGCGCUCCAGGCCAUGUGUCGCUUAUUAUGGACCUACUUUUUCCGCUAUUCAGAUUCGCCGAAUGUAACGCUACGAAAUAUCCACGAGGUCGCCAGAAUAGCCUUGCCCCCAGGGAAAAGGACGUACUUGAGCACGGAGCCAGCAGUUGCAGAUCCUUUAAUACAGUUGGUGCGGAUGAUCGGAUUCAAGCAUCCGGACGUGUGCUUCCGCAGUAUUAUCUUCCCAAUGAUCAACUCGGAUCUGUUCCUCUCCGGAAAGGAACUGAAAAUUGAACAGAUGGAACCCGAGAAAAUGGUUAUUGGGAUUAGGGCAUUCCUCGCGAUAGUGACCGAUUUGGAGACUUGUGAUCAGCUGUGUCCACCUUUCCCAACUGGGUCGAUUCCCAACCCUUUUACAGAUAUUUCAGCGUCAACCCAUUCGCAAUGGCCGCAGUUCCUUACGGACCCCCGCCUGCCAAACUCAUCGGAAAGCAAGGAUGACUCCUCGCGCCCUGUAAAUACUUCAAGGCUGAGCGACAACGUAAAGGCAUACUACAUUCGCUUUUGUGAAACUUUGGGAAAAAUCACUCUUCUGUGUGACAACACUUUUGGUGGACAGGCGGCUUUGGAUGAGAAGUUCGGCGGCACGACUCCCAAAACUCCAAUUUCAGAGGCUUUCAGCUUUGGAAGACGUGAUGACCAUCUAAACACCCUCGACCAAAAGCAGGGAUUCUACGAUCUGCUCCAUGUUGCCGUCCAAGCGCUUCCGCGGUGCUUGUCCGAUCAUAUUCCGUUUAACUCCCUAAUCAAUUUGCUUUGCACGGGAACAGCACACAUUCAGUCCAAUAUCGCUUCCUCAUCUGCGGAAUCCUUGAAGGUCAUUGCACGGCAAUCUCAUGCCCAGCAGGUGACUAUUGGCUUUGCUAGGUUCAUCUUCAAUUUUGAUGCUAGGUAUUCCACCAUGUCGGAUGAGGGGAUGCUUGGGCCGGGCCAUAUAGAGUCGACAUUGAGGCUUUACGUUGAACUUUUGAGGAUCUGGAUCGAAGAAAUCAAGCAAAAGACCAGGUGUGCUGCCUCGGAUUCUGGAGACAAAACCGCCUCCGGAACUCGUGCUCUCCAGCUGGACCUUUCCACGGUCCUUGCGCAUGUUGAGGAGAUCGAAUCACAUGGUCUUUUCUUCUUAUGCUCCCAAUCAAGACGAGUCCGGGCUUUCGCUAUUACUGUACUUCGCCUGAUCACGGAAUUCGACAGUGCGCUUGGCAAAGAGAAUACAAGAAUGAUUCGAAUCCUUGAGGCCGACUCUCAGCAAAUUUUAGAUGUGAACGAUGAACAGCUCACGGUAGCUGAGAGGAGUCGCAUUCAAAAGGGAAAACGCAGGAGCGCAUCGCACAAUACUCUCAUCGAGUUGUGCAGCAGUGAGGUGUCCUAUGAUUCAACUUUGUGGUCAAAAGUGUUCCCAAACAUCAUUCGAAUCAGCUUCGAGACUUGUCCCUUUGCUGUCACGCUAGGCAGGGAGAUUGUCUGCGCGAGACUUGUUCAAAUGCAUAAGACGAUAACGUCCCUUGCAGAGAGCUCACACCCUCCCUACUACGCUCCGAUGGAUGCCACGCAAUCCCGUCCCCUCGGUAGGAACAACAUGACGGCGGAGAUUCUUAUCGAACAGUGGAAACUGUACCUGGUUAUGGCGUGCACGACACUCAACAGUGUCGGUGCUCAAUCCCAGAGUCAGCUAGCAAAUGCUCAGCAUACGCGAAAAUCAUCUAAGGGCGCCUCCCAACAGUCCCAUGAUAAGAUCAGCUCCGCGAGAAGCUUAUUCGCCUUCGUGAUACCGUUGCUAUCGGCAGAACGGGCUUCGAUUCGGAAUGCCAUCGUGGUGGCUUUGGGAUCUAUCAACAAAAACCUUUACCGCACGCUGCUUGAGUCGCUCCAAUACGCCGUGACAACCUGUAACGAGGAGGCCAAGUUGCGAAUGAGCGCUCACUACAGGUCCCCAAGCAGCCCCAGACGCAACCGAAAGACCGACCGGUUGCGAACGGAGGUGACGCAUGUGUACAAACUCACGUCUCACUUUCUGCAGGAACCAGAGGUUUUCAACGACGACUGGAUCGUCAACAACCUUGUUACGUAUGCAAAAGACCUGCGGAUCUUUUUGAGCGAUGCCGAAGUUCAGAACGAUUGGGAAUUCCAACGACUGCGAUUUCACUACUGUGGACUGAUGGAAGAACUGUUCGAGGGCGUCAACCGUACGAAGGACCCCUCGCGUUGGAUACCAUUUGAGUCUAGGAAAUCCGCUUUCUCCUUGAUGGAGGAUUGGUGCGGCUACUCCCCGAACCAAUCUCAGAUCUCCCAAAGAGAAGAGAAUAUGCGUAAAUUUGCUAUCUCACAUCAACAUGAGACUGGCGAAAUGCGGAAUACCGCUGCUGCCAUGGAGAUAGAAAAGAAGAACCUCCGAGCGGCAGCUCUCAGUGCCAUGGCCUCCUUAUGCGUAAGUAGCGCACGCGUCUUAUCCUUCCUUUCUGAAACCUGGCUAACAAUGCAACAGGCGGGUCCUAUCAGUAUUACUACGGAAAGUGGCGCAGUUCUUCAAUUCGACGUGGGGCGUAUGCUCUCAUGGGUAGACAUUAUCUUCAACACUAUCAGUGACAAGUGGCAUUCGAUUGGAAGGCGAGCGCUCAAAAACUUGAUUAUCCACAACAAGGAACACUCGUAUCUUUUGGAGCGAUCCAUCGAGAUGUGCUACAUCACCGAGCGACCCAAGGCCUUGGAGAGCUACUUCGAGGUAGUAACUCAGGUGCUUAUUGAGCACACUGACUACCCACUUGGAUUUUGGCGAAUCUUAGGGGCAGUUCUUGUCACGCUUGGCAGUCCGAAACGGGAGAUAAGAAUGAAGUCCGCCAAACUUCUGCGCAUUCUAGAAGAGCGGCAGCAAAAGAACUCCAGGCUCCAGGAUUUUGAUAUCAGUAUCUCCGACAAAACCACGGCUGUUUACAAGCUGGCUCAGUUCGAGACGUCCAAGCGCCUGGCUAAACAGCAUUCCGACCUAGCUUUUACACUCUUUUCCGAGUUUUCCUUGCAUUUCAAAAACCUACGCCCUGACAGUCAGCGAAACAUGGUGGCUGCUAUUCUUCCUUGGGUCCAAACCAUGGAACUACAGGUGGACCCUAACGGUGGCCCAACGGUCAAAUCUUAUAUGCUUUUGGCCAACCUUUUCGAGAUUACCAUCCGAUGCAGCACCAUCCUUCCCAACGAAGUCCAGGCCCUCUGGCAGGCGUUGGCGACGGGUCCUCACGGUGGAAAUGUCCAACUGGUACUUGAUUUCAUCAUUAGCCUCUGCCUGGAACGCAAAGAGCAGAACUUUGUAGAAUACGCAAAGCAAGUGGUGGUGUUCCUCUCGGGAACCCCUGCCGGGUCCAAGGUCAUCGAGUUCUUUUUGAUGCAGGUCGUCCCUAAGAACAUGGUGCAAGAAAGAAAGGAUAUCACGCCAGCACCCCCAGACAUCAAGAGUCUUCCUUACGUCGCAGACCUUGCGACCGUGCUCCCGGUGGGCAACAAGCAGGCAGGACUUUCUCUCGGCCAAGUUGCACUGAUCUUUCUCGUAGAUCUGAUGGUUGCUCCCGUCACUCUUCCUUUGGAUGACGUUGUCAAACUGCUGCACGUCGUUCUCAUCCUCUGGGAUCAUUAUACGCUUGCUGUUCAGGAGCAGGCGCGAGAAAUGUUAGUGCAUCUCAUCCAUGAGCUAAUUGCUGCCAAGAUUGAAGACGAUGCCCCUACCGGCACCAGACAGUCACUUGAAGACUUUGUCGAGUCAAUCCGAAAAAGUGAUCCGAAAGUGGUUUGGGAAUACGAAGACAACAGUGACAGUGAAGGGGACGACGGGAGCCGCGUGCCUUCUUCAAUGUCUAGCGUUACCCGCACCGUUGUCAAGUUCUUCAGUCUAUCUUACGAGGGCAUCAACGACCUUUGGGCAAAGGAGGCUCUAAACUGGGCCACCUCGUGUCCUGUGCGGCACCUGGCCUGCCGUUCGUUCCAAGUGUUCCGCUGCAUAUCCUUGUCUCUUGAUUCUAGGAUGCUUGCGGACAUGCUGGCAAGACUGUCCAACACCAUUGCCGACGAAGAGGCCGAUUACCGUACCUUCUCCAUGGAAAUCCUUACGACGCUCAAGAUCAUAAUUAGCUCUCUGGCUCCUCCGGAUCUGCUGCGAUACCCUCAGCUAUUCUGGACCACGUGUGCCUGUCUUAACACAAUCCACGAAACCGAGUUCAUUGAAAGCAUUGGUAUGCUGGAGAAGUUCAUGGACCGUGUCGAUAUGAGUGAUCCUCUAGUGGUGUCUGAGCUCAUCAAUGGCCAGCCCCCGAAAUGGGAGGGAGGAUUUGAUGGUCUUCAAAACCUGGUCUACAAAGGAUUAAAAUCGUCGGAAUCGCUCAACAAAACACUCGAUAUCUUGCAUCGUUUGAGUGGUCUGCCAAACAACGAACUCAUCGGCGAUGGUAAUCGACUUCUAUUUACAGUGCUGGCAAACUUGUCCCAUUUCCUUCAUCAGUUCGACCCUGUCACUGCUGACGGGCCUGUCGAUGACCCAAAGACCCUUGCGCGGGCGACCUUGCUGGCGCGUAUUGCCGAAGGCGAGGGAUGUCCCCGGCUUGCAGCUUCGCUGCUUGGAUUUGCCAAUGGACAGUACAAGGCAGAAAAUGAUUUCCUGAGCCACAUUGUGACUGAGAUUCGCUCAUAUUACUUCCCUGAUCAAGACGUCCAAAGCCUUAUUUUCUUGAUGGGCUUGCUCACAAACACAACUGACUGGUUCAGGACUAAAAUCAUGAAAAUACUGUGUAUGCUCAUUCCCGAGAUUGACAUGCGACGCAGCGAAGUGACCUGCCACGGGCCCGACUUGAUAUCUCCUCUUCUGCGACUACUACAAACUGAACUCUGUCCCCAGGCGUUGCAAGUUAUGGAUCAUAUCAUGACGGUUUCGGGCAACCCGAUGGAACGGCAUCAUAUUCGAAUGAGCAUGGCCUCGUCAUCAUCGUCGCGGGCCAUCCGUAAGGAGUACGAGCGGAUACAAAGCCUCUACGGGAUACCAGAGCCGACUGGUUGGUCCAUUCCGAUGCCGGCUACUCAGUCGACUACAACAAGACACAAUGUGCAUGCCGUAUUUUACACUUGUGCUGAGGUGGACCGCAUGGAAGCACACGAGACAGUCAAUACCGAAGUGGAGUUCCACGCAGACGAAUACAAUGAUUCGUUCUUCCCUUUGCGAGCCGACACCAUGAAGUCAAUCGACACGCAGACGGAUGGCAACAUGGGAGACAUUGUCCAGAAAUUAGACAGCUUGGACGAUUUCUUCGACGAGACCGAGACAAUCAUGCCACCAUUGGACAACUUACCCGAUUCAACCUUGCGGGGCUUCACGGGCACCUAUGCCGACACUACGGCCAACCUCUACGACCAACAAACAGCUCCCAUUCUGCGAAAAUCCCUUGCGCGCACCGCGUCCACUUCGUCAUUCCAUAACGGUCUCGCCGAGUCCCGACCUCCAAACCAGCGGUUUGAUAGUGCACCUCCCCAGUCAGCCACCUCAACACCCCAGUCCCACAACCCUAUUCCUCGGCCAGUAUCUCACACCCGUUCCGUGACCUCUCCUGUCAACCAUCUAUUCUCUCCCUCUUCCAAUGUGCAAUUCUCUACCCCGCCAAUCGGAUUCAGUGAAUCGGCCUUCCUAUCUGACGAUGAGGUGGACGAUGGAGCCUAUGACAUCGAUGAACGCUUGUUGAAUCAUAAAUCAUCGGUCCCUAACCCGAUGGCCCAAGCACGCAGUGCAACUGACGGGUCCUCUUCCAUUGAAUCUAUGCUACGCAGCGGCAUGAGACGACUCACUGGUGGCUCAAGCACGACCCGAGACAAGGAGCGACAGCAUGAUCUGGUUCGGUCUCAACAGCGGGCAAUUGUUCAGACGGCAAGCUCCCCACGUGUGCCCAAAGUACCGCAGGAAUAUCUUUCAGGGCCAACCAGUAAUCCUGCAUCCCCGGGGCAGUGACCUCGUGUCUGGAACUGAUAUCUGUAUCUAUAUACUUGUCUUUCUUUUACCUUUCUUCUCUUACCUCUCUCCCAAACCUUCGCUACAUGUCUCCUUUCUUCUCAUCUUCGAUUCGCCUCCUCUCAUUCUACCUUCCUUUCGCUUUCACCUCUCCCUCCUAUCUUCCUCGCAAACGACUGCAUUAUAGCCUUCCCACGAACUCCCGGCUUGAUGUUUACAUUCACAUUGACCUGAAAUUAACAUGAACAUGGACAUGGAUAAAGAUAUGGUAAAGGAUAUGGAUAUGGAGGAGUUCAAGACCUGUAUUGAUUUCUUUUCUCAUGUUGGUUUAUACAUAC